CCACGCCGAGGCGCGUCGGUUAGGGAAACGUAGACAUUUGUAUUCUAACCAUUGUGAGCUUACUGUGCUGUCUAAUUUAAUAUAUAACAAUAAUUUUGUCCAUUUUUCUCUUUUCCCCUUCGAGUGUAGUUUCUUUUAUUCGGAUCGUGCAUGUUUUGACUGGGGAUUUUACAUUUAUUCGUAAAUCCAACCCUUAUUCAUAUCGUUAUUACGUACGAUCAGCUGAGCAUAUUUUGUUGGUGGGAUACUGUAAAGGAAACAAAUGGCCUCGGCUGCGAUGUCACCUACAGAUGACGACGAGUUGAAUUUACCUCGUGCAGCUAUUAAUAAAAUAAUCAAGGAGAUACUUCCCCAUGUGCGAGUAGCAAAUGAGUCUCGUGAACUCAUCUUAAACUGCUGUACAGAGUUCAUCCAUCUGGUAUCUUCGGAGGCAAAUGACAUCUGUAACCAGCAGCAGAAGAAGACUAUAAAUGCAGACCACGUAUUGCUGGCUUUGGAGAACCUUGGUUUUGCUGAUUAUUGUACAGAGGCUGAGGUUGUGUUACGGGACUGUAAAGCUGUGGCAGCCAAGAAAAGACGACAGAGCACCAGAUUAGAGAAUUUGGGAAUUCCAGAAGAAGAACUUUUGCGACAACAGCAAGAACUCUUUGCAAAGGCUAGGGAAGAACAAGCAGUGGCUGAACAGCAGCAGUGGCAACAGCUGCAAGCUGUUGCACAGAUGGCAUCUAUGCAGCAGGCAGAUAGCGAGCAGGAAGAUUACUCUUAAGAUUUUGUGAAAAUACGUGCGUAAUGGAUAGGCUGGGAUCUUGUUUUGUAAUGGGCAAAAUAGAGUAAUUCAUGUAUAUGAGGAUGAGCGGCUCUCAAGCACAUGUGGAAUGAAUUUGCUGAUAUUCAUGUGUUCUAUGCUGGGAAGCAUAGUUUAUUAAAUUUAUAUUAAGGGAUUGCAUAUAAUUAACUCAGAAUAUAGCAGGUGCGCAACGUUUGCGAGUAUUAAAUUAUAUACUUUACCUGAUCGUACAAAUAGAACUGAUUUACGCUUGGACUGGGAUGACGAAUAAAAACUACCAAAUACAGCAGACCUUA